AUGCCACCCAAACAAAAGAAACCCAACAAUAACGAGAGUGGGGAAGAAGCAGAGGAAGCUCUUCAGGCCGUUAUUUUAACAGACUUUUUUGAAGAGCACUUUCUUCCAAUCUCUCAUGAAAUGCCUCGAUGCCUCAUGCCUCUAUGUAAUAUACCGCUGAUCGAGUAUACAUUGGAGUUAUUGAGUACUGUGGAUGUCUUUGAAGUAUUUAUAGUCUGUACAACUCAUAUUGAUGCUAUCAAGAAUUAUUUCGAAAAGUCAAACUGGAUGAAACCCAAUUCUAGAUUAGCAGUCAAGAUUGUUGCUACACCUGAGUGCAUGUCAGUAGGUGAUUGUCUUCGUGAACUCGAUGCUCGUCAGCUGAUUACAAACGACUUUAUUUUAACCUCUGGUGAGCUUGUUUCAAACCUCAAAUUGGAUAAAGCUAUUGAGGAACACCGUGCUCGUAAAAAGACAGAUAAAAACUCCAUCAUGACCAUGAUUCUUAAAGAAGCUUCUCGUACACAUACAGCCAGAGCCAAGGAUGCCAAUAGUAUAUUUGUAUUAGAUCCUACCAGCUAUCAAUGUGUUUAUUACGAACCUGUCGUUUCACUUCCUCGCAAAGAUCGUUUAGAAAUUUCGCCCGAAAUAUUCGAAAAUCGCACUCAACUUGAAUUUCGCAACGACCUUGUCGAUCCCUUUUUAGACAUUUGCUCAGUCGAAGUGCCUGCUUUAUUCACUGAGAAUUUUGAUUGGCAACGGUUACGCAGCGAUUUUGUUCAUGGUAUUGUCACCUCUGAUAUUUUGGGAAAAACCAUCUAUACAAGGCUUGCUACAGAGUCGUACGUCGGCCGCGUACAAAAUGAACAGCUGUAUGCCACCAUCACUUCUCAUGUUUUGAAUCGUUGGUCUUUUCCCAUCGUGCCAGAAACCAACUUACGAGCGGGUGAUGACUAUGAAUUCAGCAGAGGCAAUAUCUACAAGUCCAUGAAUGUUGUUUUAUCGCGAUCCUCCAUUCUCGAAGAAAAUCUCCAAAUUGGAGCUGGUACCCGUAUUGGGGAAAAUACACACAUAAAGAACUCAGUCAUUGGAAGAAACUGUCACAUUGGCGAUAACGUAGUGCUAGAAGGAGCUUAUGUAUGGGAUGAUGUCGUUAUCGAGAACAACUGUACCAUCAAUGACAGUAUUAUUGCAAACAAUGUUCAUAUUCUAAACAACACAACCAUAGAAAAGGGCUCCAUCCUAUCUGUAGGUGUCACACUCGGCCCUGAUCUCUCGAUUGCCAAAUAUUCUAGACUCAGUCUUCAUCCUCAACCCAAAAAUAGUAUGUUUGAGGAAAGCGAGGAUGAAAAUGAUGCUGAAGAAGAACGCCAGGAAGUUGUUGUAGGCAAUCACACCACUGUUUACUACUGGAAACUCCGUUCCGACGAUGAUGAUGUCGAUAUUCGUAAUGUGAAGUUGGGUUCUUUAGCCUUUGAUAUGGCUGACAUCAAGUUGGAAGACGGCGACAUCACCGACAGUGCAAGUGAAAUAGGCGAAUCUUCGGAUGAUGAAGAUGAUAUAGGAUCCAUUGAUGGAGCAUAUGCAUUAGACUCCAGUAUUGCUAAGAAGACGGAAGAAUUCAAGAGAGAAAUUGCUUCCACAAUUGAACGCUCUAUCAAUGAAAACCAUACUGUUUAUACAGCAGCUUUGGAAGUGACAGGCUUACGUAUGUCUAGUAAUGGAUCUUAUACGGACGUUAGAGAAGUGAUGGUGCCCAUCAUUAUGGAUCAUAUUGAUGCUAACAACAACACUAUGCAGAGCAUGAAGUCCGUGUUGAAUAAAUGGGCACCUUUAGUGGGAAAAAUGACACAUACACCUGACGAUCAAGUCCAUGUAUUACAGAUUCUACAAACGUAUUGUGCAUCUCAGGAAAACUUAGGCAAGCUCUUCUUGGGCGCUUUACAAAUUUUCUAUAAUGCGGACGUGGUGGAAGAGGAUGCUAUUCGACAUUGGUACAACUCAGACUCAGCAAAUUCGAGUCCUGCAGAGACAAAGUUGAAAGAAAAAGCAACUAAAUUCAUAGAAUGGUUAGAUGAAGCAGAGGAAGAAAGCGAAGAAGAAGACGACAGUGAUGAAGAAUAG